AUGGAGGGCAUGGCGGACCGCAUCAGGCUGCUCGUGCCGACGUCCAAUAUCCAUGAUCUCGCUGCACUGGCUCUGCUCCUGAAUAUUGUGAUCACGGUGAUCCACACGCACAGCCUAGAUGCCUGGGAGGUUCUGGCGCAGGUGCUGACUAGAAGAGCAGUGAUGCGCUACGACAACCUGAUCGGAAAGGGCGCUGGGCAUGCCUUCUUCGACGACGUUCCCGAGCAGCGAGAGGAGGCCAUGGCGGUCAGCAGAGAGCUCAACUACGCCGCGCAGUUCAGCGAGGCGUUCUUCCAGGCGCUGUGGUACACCCACGCGCAGAGAUCCGCACAGGCCCCCGUGGAGGUGGACUUCGCCGAGUUGCUGCCCGCCUUCUCUGGCACGCUGCGGAACUACGAGACGCUCCAGGCCGCCCUUGACGUGCUCACCUACUCGCCGCUGGGGCGCAACGGCCAGUCCUUCUCGCUGCCUCGCGCCACGGCUGCCCCCCCGCGAGAGGCCGUGGUGCUCGUGGUCACGGUCGUGGGCGCCUGGGCGGAUGUCGGGGUCGUGACCUUCUGGAGAGCGUGCUGCGCCACUGCACGGCCCCCCUCCGGGUUUUCGUGUUCGGCGACGCGGUGGGCCUCCGCGACUGGCGGCGCAUGCUCGGGGAGGCGCGGAAGGCCGCGCCGUGGAUGGCGGAGGCGGCCCGCUUCGACUACGUGGACGUCUUCGAGGACCCGCGCAUGCGGGCGUACCUGGCGCGGCUGCCGCAGGGGUGCGCCCAGACGAACAUGA